AUGAGCCAAAACAGUGAAUAUGUUGAAAAGUUUCAUUGGCAUUUAUGGUUAUUAUUUGCAUUGGAAAAUUGGAUACUGGAUUUUGGACGACCAAUAGCCAUGUUAAUAUUUCCAUUAAAAUGGUUUCCAUUAAAUUAUCCAAGUGUUGGCGACUAUUUUCAUAUGUUUUAUAAUAUAUUAACACCAUAUUAUUUAGAACGUUUAAUAAAUAAAAGUCCAAUGAAAUUUAAUCGAAGUCUAUUUCAUAUACUAAUGACUGUAUUUGUUAUGGGAGCAAGUAUUCAUUUAGUAGGAGAUUCAAUUAAUCAUCGUCUAGUAUUAAAUGGUUAUCAAUUACAUUUAAGUGUAAGAGAAAAUCCUAUUAUGCAAAAAUUAGAACCAAAAUCAUUAAUUGACUCAUUUGAAUUACUCUAUUUUUAUGAUGAAGUACUCGGUCAUUAUAUGUGGUAA